AUGACUGAAUAGGAUGAUGAAAUGCUUGUGGAAGAGAUCCUUUGUUGUUAAAAUGAUGAUGAUAUAAGAAGUCUUGUUGAUUCAUAAUGUUUGGAUAUCAUUGGGAAUUCUUUAUAAGAUUAAUUAAUUUUGGCACAUAAACAACUAUUUCGAGUGAUUAGACUCUUUCGAGAAUUUUUGGAUUCAAGUCCAAAUCAAAUAUGGGAUCAAAGAAAGAAGAAAGAACAUAAUUAAGCUUUAUAAUAGGAUUACUUAAUGAUUCAUCAUGAGUUAUAAAAAGAGAAAAGUAAAAUCAAACAAAUAGAGGAAGUGAAUACAUAACUGAGACUACAAAUGAAAUUGUAUGAAGGGGAUUUCGAAACAAUAAGAUCAUAAAGUUUUGAGGAUAUUAAAAAGGUAGAGGAUCAACUAGUUAAAACAAAAAACUCAAUAUCUCUUUAUAAAAAUUCACUGAUUUAAAAGUUUUGCGUGAUAUGUUUGUAAAAGGAAUAUUGCAUUGUACUGAAACCCUGUGGACAUGUUUGUGUAUGUGAAGAGUGUUCAAAAAGAAUUGAUUAGUGUCCUAUUGAUAGAGUUAAAGUUGUAAAGAUGAAGAAAGUUUACUUAUCAUGA